CAUUACAUCACGCCUGGGACCAAUUCCAAGGCGAGGAGGGACUACUAGACUGUCAAAACCUUCCACCACAAUAACAACCACAGCGACCAGCGAUUAAUAACCACAUCCAACCAACUUUCACCAGCCUCCUCCCUUCCCCUUUAACUCAGAAUGGACCAGAGAGAAGUGACGAAGAAGAGGAAGAAGAAAUGGAGAGGAAAUGAAGAGGAGGAGGGUGAGCGAAGACAUGAAGAGGAAGAAGAUUUGCAGUGGGUAAGAAAACAGAGAAGUGAAGAAGGAAUAGAAAGAGAGAGAAGAGGAAGAGGAGACAGAAGACAGAGAAGAAGAGAAGGAAAAGAAAGAGGAGGAAAAGAAAGGGAGAAUGAACAAGGAAGACUGAAAGAAGGAAGAUAUGAAAGAGAAAUAUUCAAUGACCACAGAAAAGGAAAAGAAAUUCGAGUGAGAGGAGAACGAGAAAGGGAGGAAGAAGGACAUGAGGAAGAGGAAAGAAGAUAUGAAAGAGAGAACUCCUCCGACCACAUUCCUUAUCACCCUUCAGUCGCACCUUACCUAAAAUGGAAGGUGUUUGUGAGAGGGAGUGAGAGCGUGCUGGGGGGGAGAGGCGUGAGGGAGGAGGAAGGGAGAGAGGAACACCCCUUCACAUCAACACUGGAUGGAGAGGAAACGAGGAAUUUUUAUGAGAGACUUACCAGACAGACAGACAGGCAGAGAGACAGAGAUACAGACACACAGAGAGAUAGUGAAACAGAGGAAGAUAGUGACACAGAUAGGGAUAGUGAAAGCCACAGAAACACAGACAGACACACAGAAAGAGGCAGAAACAAAGAUAGGGACAAACAGGAGGAAACAAACAGAUACAGAGAAGGAGAAACAAACAUAAACACAGAUAAUAACAGGCAGAGAGAAAGACACAGACACUCUCCAACAAACAGACAGAGAAAAGGAUGCACAGACACCCAUACAGACACACAGAAAUCACCACCCAACACCCACACACCCACAUACACCCCCACACCCCACGACAUCCACACGGCCUUACGCUUCGCCGAGAACAACGACGUCACCAACUUAACUGCAAUGCUCGACCAAGGCAUGAGCGUCAACACAAAGGAUGUAUAUGGAUGGACACUUCUGAUGGUGGCGGCCUGUGCUGGGGCGGUGGAUGUCGUGCGGAUGCUACUGGACCGCAAGGCACGAACUGGGUUUAGGGAUGGGAAGGGAAACACCGCACUCUACCUGGCAACCAUUAAGGGCCAUAGGAGGGUGACGGAGAUGCUCGUAAAGGCAAAUAAACGCAAGAUACCGGAAAUAGUGGACGAGAGAGAGCGAAACGCCGAAGGGACGUCGUCGGAAACUGUAGAAGACGAGGAAUAUUUCUGCGACACUUGCGAGGUCACGGUUAAGAAACGGGAGAGCACGAAACACAAGGCAUCCAUCGUGCACCAGUUUAAGGCAGACUCAGGACCCGUUCGCACACAUUACGGCAUCCCACCGACCAACCGCGGAUACCAGCUUCUCGUGGGGCAGGGCUGGGACACGGAGGGCGGCUUGGGCUCGGAGAAACAGGGGCAGAAGUUCCCUGUUAAGACUGUACUGAAGAGGGACAGAGAAGGGUUAGGGGCCGAAGGGGAGGCAAAAGCGAAGGCUAGGGUGACGCACUUUGGUCCAGGGGAUGUGACGGCUGUUAAGAGGGGUAAGGAGGGGGAUGCGAGGGUGGAGAGGGCGACGACACUGAGUAAGAGGGAGAUGAGGAGGAGGAAGGAGAGGGAGCAGGAGGAGGAGGUGAGGUUACGGAGGAUGCUAAAUGAACCUGAUUAUUGAUUUUCUUUUUACAUCAAAGGAAGCAACUCAAGGGAAAAAAAAUAAAAUAAUGAAAAAAGCCCACUAACCACUGCCCCAUGUUCUCUCCUUCUCUUUCUCUCUCUAUCAUUUAUCCCUGUCAUCUAGGAAUCAUUAUUAACCAUAUAUUCAUUAAUUUGGGAAGGAGAGAGAGCACGAGGAGGAGGUGAGGUUACAGAGGAUGCAAAAUGAAUGUAAUUAUUAAUGCUUUUCCUCCCUCUCUCUCUUUCUCUCAUUUUUCUAUUUAUUUGUCACCUGAAAAUCAUCAUUAACUAUGUAUUCAUAAACUUAGGUAUAAAGUAAAUUGCACAUUAUACAAAAAAUAAUAACUGCUCUGCUGAUGUUAUAAAAUUAUGUGUGUAAUUAACUGAGUAUAAACUAGCUUAUUAAUAAAGAGUUAGUGUUAAACAUCA